AUGACAACAGAUCCCGAUGCUAACCAACAGCCCUUCAAGGUUGUAGUGGUGGGAGCUGGCCUGGGUGGGCUUGCUGCCGCGAUCUCGUGUCUACGCGGAGGAUGUGAAGUGACGAUCCUGGAACAAGCACCCGCAAUAUCACCUAUAGGUGCCGGCAUACAGAUACCACCGAACGCAGCACGCGUGAUACAGCAUUUCGGCCUCGAGCAGAAGAUCCGAGACGCUGGGGCUAUCCAAGUCAACGCGAACCAUCUCAAGCGAUAUAAAGAUGGCAAGAUUCUGUGCAGCAGGUUAGGCGGAGAGAAGUGGAUUCGAGAUUUCAAUGGUCCGUGGUACGUGAUCCAUCGAGCCGAUUAUCAUGGCGUGAUGCUGGAUGAGGCAGUCCGACUGGGAGCCCAACUUCGACUGAACGCCAAGGUCGUCGACAUUACCUCUUCUGGCACGCCACAAGUCGUGCUUGAAGGAGGAGAAGUUGUCCCCGCAGAUGUGAUAGUAGGGGCGGACGGUCUUUGGUCCGCAACCAGAGACAUUGUCCUAGGACAGCCUUCGCCACCGGUCCCCACGGGAGACCUGGCGUAUCGAGGGACCUUCUCCAGAGCACAACUAGAGGCUUUCCAGGAUCCGAGUAUCGACGAGCUCAUCAAGUCAGGCUGCACCUAUAAUUGGAUCGGUCCGGAUCGGCACAGCGUGUUCUACCCCUUAAAGAACAGCACUGUAUUUAACCUGGUCUUAAUCCGGCCCGAUGACCUGCCCGAAGGCUCUCGAACCGCAGCCGGCGACGUUGACGACAUGAGAAUGACAUACGAGGGUUGGGACCCGGUGCUCACAAAGAUCAUAUCAUGCCACACCACCGUGUUGAAGUGGAAGUUGUGCCACCAUGAAGAGCUCCGCACGUGGGUCAAAGACAACAUCGUGCUCAUAGGCGACGCCUCACACCCGAGUCUCCCAUACCAAGCGCAAGGCGCCGCAAUGGCGGUUGAGGACGGCCUUGUCCUCGGGCUCCUGCUCGCUCGUCUUCAAAGCACCACCACCGAGAGGUUGCCGGACAAGCGCACCUCCUACAUCAAUUCGAUCCUCCUCCUUUUCGAGUCCCUGCGGAAGAAGCGCACCACUACGAACGUCAAAGGCGCGAUAGCCAAUCGAUAUAUGUUCCACAUGCACGAUUCGCCGGAACAAGAGGCGCGUGACAGAGAACUAGCGGAGGCAGACUGGGAGAAGCCGUCGAGGUGGAUCUGGGCGGAUAUCGGAUACCAGAGGAAGAUGUUGGGGUUUGACUCUGUAGCUGAUACGAAUAGGGCGUUUGAGGUGUGGCUUGAGGAGGAGGGGAAAUAG